ACACCCUGUGAAGGCAAACUGCCUUCAACAGCUACUACAGUUCUCACAGUCCUUUACCAGGAGUCAGCUAUGGAUUAUCAGAAGCAGGUUGAAGAAAUUGCAUCCACUGCCAAAUUUGGAGACUUGAUAGAAUUUUCCUAUCCCAUCGGAUAUUCACACUGGGGAGUGUAUGAUGAAGACGGAUAUGUAAUCCAUUUUGCUGUUGCAGAUGAGGGAGAACUGAUGAGCAGGAUACGUACUUCCAUACAAACAUUCAUACCUAUAUGUGGUGAUCUUCUUCUUCGGAUGACCAGGAUCCGCAGAGUGCCUCUUGGUGAGGUCAAUGUACCAAAUGGAGCCCAUGUCUUGAUCAGUAACAACCGCCAUGCCUUCACACCAUCAGCACCUGAGGAUAUGAGGCUACGGCGUGAUGUGCUCCUUGAUCAGGAAUUCCAAUAUAACCUUUUCACUCUCAACUGUGAGCACUUUGCCACGUUUGUACGCUAUGGAAAAGCUGUGUGCAACCAGAUUCCUGGAAGACCCAAGAAUGUAGAGAAUGUGGAGGCAACUGCAGUUUUCCAAGAUGCUGUCAAUUCCAAAGAGCCUUCUGAAGACCAUUGUAAAUGAGCCCUCUGACUCUCUAAAUAUGACCUCUUUGGGAAUCAGGCCACUUUAAACAUUUGAAAUUUGUCUUUCGACCACGGUGUGGUUGAGAUUUUUUUUUAGGCUGCAGCUUACAAUUGUUGUCAUUAUUAAUAAGUCUGCCAAAUAUUGCUUGGAUUAACUGAUACUUGUUUUGUCUAUUGUGAUGGAAAAUUCUGGUAUUUGGUAUUGCUAUGAUGUAUGAUGUGUGUUGCUCAUUUAACCCCUACUGUGACAGCAGUGAGAGACACCAAGGUUACAAGCCAGGGAAGCUCAGACACUAAGUGUCCUUGUUAGUCUCAAGAGAUGUUGUGUCGUAGGAAUGUCAAACCAACCUAUCUACUGCAGACGCCACAUAUUUUGACUGUUGAUGUGCAUGUGUUAUGGGAACUAUAAAGAUAGCAGGGCUAGAGGACUUGCUAGGCACUCACUCACUGACUGACUGUUCAUGCGGUUGUAUGUGUGUGGGUCUCCAUUCAUGAAUGCUUAUUAAAACUCAAGAAAGACA